UCCAUGGAUCUGUAAUGAACCACAGAUGUACAUAAUAAAAUUAGUACGAUUUAACGUAACAAGGGAAAUGGACGUGCACUGGAAAUUGUACUUACUGCUCGUUUUUCAGAAACUUGCCUCGGUUAGCUCAGAGAAUAUUCUAAAAUAUACAUUAAACGAUGGAAAUCGCAUACCUGCCAUUGCAUUAGGAACAAGUUUAGGCCACAUGUCCAAUGGAACACGAGUGCUGCCUAUGAACCACUCCUUAGCAAGAGCAGUACAAUGGGCUCUCGAGGCUGGCUACAGGCACAUAGACACGGCGACGCUGUAUCGCGUCGAGGACGAAGUCGGCCUUGGCGUACGGAACUAUCUAGCUAACAACGGCCAUAGGCGGGAUGUUUAUAUCACCACCAAAUUAUGGAAUGAUGCUCACGAAAGAGAAGAAGUAAUUCCUGCACUUAAUAGGUCGUUGCAAGAGUUAAAUAUGGACUACGUGGACCUUUAUCUAAUGCACUAUCCCUUCGGUUAUAAGAAAGAUGGUAGCAUUAGUAUGACCGAUUAUUUAGAAACGUGGAAAGGUCUAGAGGACGCCAAAGAAGCCAAUUUGACAAGGUCGAUUGGCGUGUCAAAUUUCAACCUGUCUCAGAUGGAACGUCUUUGGGAGAACAGCAGGAUUAAACCAGCGGUUUUGCAGACUGAGGUAAACCCAAGCAUAACAGAAAAUAAAUUAAUAGAAUGGUGCCAGAAACGUGGUAUAGUUGUGAUGGCUUUUAGUCCGUUUGGAGCUAUUCUUGGACGAAAGAAAAAUGCUCCGCCACCACACGCAGAUCAUCCGACACUUGUAAAUCUUUCUGAAAAGUACAAUAAAACUGUUCCUCAAAUAUUAUUGAGAUAUUUGUUGGAUCGCAGCCUUGUUCCCAUUCCACGAUCAACGAAUAAAGAACGUAUUAAGCAAAACAUCGACAUAAUGGAUUUUUCACUUACUUCUGAAGAAGUUGAAGAGCUGUCGAGUUUUAAUAAUAAUUACAGACUCAGGAUACUGGCUAAAUGGUAUCCGCAUCCAUAUUUUCCUUUUGAGAAAAAUAACCUUACUGACGCUGAAAUAGAGUAUAUAAUCCAUCAAAGAAAAGAAGACUGAACGAUAAAAUUGGAAUUUUUGAUUUUCACAUCCGAAUGAUUACAAUAUUGCGGUUAAGAAGAAAGUUUUGAUCGGUGAUAAUUGAAUCCGGAAUUUCCAUUAAAGAACUCACAUUUCUCAACACAAAUAUGGGAAAGUUUAACAUCUUAAAUUAUUCAAUCUACCUUUUCUC